AUGAAUCAGUUAUUAGAUAAAAAACCUACUGUUGUUUAUGAAAUAAUUGAUCAAUUUAAUGGCUUUUAUGUAAAUAUGAUCGAUAGAAAAUAUUGUAGCCGUGUAAAUAUUCCUUUACGUACCGUUACAAAUGUUAUAUCAAACGAACGAUUUGAAUCAUUAUUUAUUAAUGAAGCAAUUAAAUCAAAUAUGAUUGAAUUAAAAGGUCAUUGUUCUUUAGCUGGUAUUCGUAUAAGUCUUUAUAAUGGUAUUAAUUUCGAAGAAGUAACUCAACUUACUGAGUUUAUGAGAACAUUUCAAAAAAAUAAUACAUAA